AUGAGCUUAACCAAGUUGAAAGAUAAGAUCAGCAACUCCGGAAAAAAUUCUGAUAAAUACAAGAUUAUCUUCCAAUUUGAUUUUUUGAACUUUAUCACUUUUGGCCAAUGGGAACCUGAUCAGCUCAUUUUACGCUUUAAACGAGGCAACAUUCAAAAGACAGAGUUAACACCUAAUUGGUUGACAACUGCUAAAACUAAAUAUGGCACCAUGGGGAAAGUAUUAUGGCAGAAGCCAACAUCAGUGGAUUUUAUUCUUGGUUUAUAUCCUAUCAGUCCUAGCAAUAAAAGCACCAAACUAGCCGAGUACACUUUCAAUCUAGCCGAAUUUGUCGGUAAAACAAAGGAGAGUCAAUUAUUAGAAAUCGAUUGUCCAACAGUAUCAUGGAAAAUUGCCUUAGCAAGAUUAGGAAUUACUAUGAAAACAAGUUUAAUCAAAAAAAGUAAAUCAAGUAACGAUCUUCAAGAAGAUUAUUUGAUAGAAAAAGGACACGGUUACGAAAACAAUAAAGAAAAUGAAGACCCCGUUAAACCAUCAAAAUAUUUCAGUAGUAAUGAACUCGACAUUAAUAAAAUCCUCCAUGUUCACGAUGAACCUAGCUCAAGCAGCCGCAAUAAUUCCAUGACUGAUAGAAAUGGCCGGCAAUUACAUUACUUCAAAACAGCCAGUAUAUUAAUGGAAAAAAAAUCAUUUAAACAAGUAAAAGCUUUGUAUAUUCGACGAUCAAAAACAACAGAUAUUGAUCAUUGUAAUGGAAUUCGAAAUUAUGCGACUAAAGCUUAUAAUGAUGCUUAUCUAACUUGUAUUAAUGUUGAUAAGAUAAAAAUUAAUCCAGAUUUUACUCCUAAAUAUCGGGAUGCCCCUCUUUCGAUUAGCGAAAAUCAUAUAUCUAUGCAAGCCAGCAAGAUCUUUCGUGGCUAUUUUGAUCAUGCUUACCAUAGUCUUUGUAUUGAUUCUUUACCUGUUGGCAGAUUUAUAACUGCCAGUUUCUCAUCGCAAUAUUCUAAAAUUCACAAAGACAGUUACAAUCAGAUUGUUGCCAAAAAUCGAUGGAAAGAGUGCAGUAUGAGGCAGUCUACUUUAUCGCACCCGCAUGAAUUUGAUGUGUUAGGAUUUACGAUUGCCAUGGAUGACCAAGAUCAAAGUGCUACAUCAAGUUUUGGAUCCUCAUCACAGAUCUACUCAAAUGGGACUGAUGGUCAACAGGGCGAUGAUGAAGGUGAACCUUGGUGGCCAUCAGUCAAAAAUUCAUCCAAGUUGAAUCAAUCUGCAGUAGACGAGGAUCCGAGAUAUUUCGUUUGCGAUAGUUCUAACUUACCUAUGACCCCUGAUCUAGAAAUUCAACGACAAUCAGUAAGCACAUCUUCAAUAAAUCAACAGCAGCAAAAGGAAGAAAAUGAGAUUUCUCCUUUGUCAAAUGAAGCUGUUAGCGUGACGGAAGAAAUUUCAACUGAUCAAGCUUGUAACAUCAUUUCAUCGAAUGCAAAGGAAAAACAUGAAUUGAUUGCGUUGGAAAAAAGUAAAGCAAGUGAUGAGUUGAAGAUGGAGAUCUCAACAUUGGGAGAAGUAAUUAGCGGCUUAAAAUAUGCAUUAGGUGAUAAAGAUUCUCAUAUUAGACAAUUACACGAUCUAGUCAGUAGAUUAGAAUCCUAUAAUGACAAGUUGAACCAGGAGAUGAAGCAAACAACGGAUGAGAUUGAUAACUUCCGAUUUCAAAUAAAAUCACUUCAGUCCACUGUUACGCAACUACAGGAGAAGUUAAGUCUGCUAAGGGAAGAAGAAGAGGAGAGAAAAAGUAAAAUAGCUAAAAAUGCAUUCCCAAGAAAAGUAAAUUUAUGCGGAUGGCUUCACAAGAAAGGGGCACUAGGUCCUACCAAAAAUAAAUGGAGGAAAAGAUGGUUUGUUGCUGAUCAGUGGGGAUUUUUAUAUUACUACAAAUAUAGCAAUAGUUCUACUCCACUAGGAUUUAUUGACACUGUUGAAAUUAGCUACGUAGAAGCUAAACCUGAUCAUGAACAAAACAAAAACUGUUGUCUAUUCGAUGUGGUUACUAAUGAAAGGAUGUAUCAGUUAAUGGCAGAAAAUGAAGAGGAUAUGGAUAGAUGGGUCGCUGCCCUGGACUACCUACGAACCUGGAGCUAUUGUAAACGAUUCGUUAAUUAUAAUCGCUCCCUGUAA